AAUACUUCAAGGAAACAACCAAAACAAAAAUAAAAAAACCGAAAACAAAAACAUGUUUUCAAACUACAGCUUCCACUAGGCUGUCUUAUUAUUACAUCUUUCACUUACGCGUUUCCUUCCAACACUCUACAAAAGCAUUUUCAAACUCUCUCAAAUCAAAUCCCGGAAAACAAAAACUGAAACUGAAACAGAAACAAAAACAGAAACAGAAGUCAUGGCUUUGAACUGGGUUAUCAUUUUAGUUAUGUUUACGAUGAUACCGCUCGCGAUCUGUCAAACCACACCAACGGCGGAGGCGCCAGCACCGGCGGCGGAUUCGUGCAGCGGAGUGUUCUUGACAUACACCUACACCUGCGGAUCGAAGCUUCCGCCGGACAAUCCGACUCACCAAGCGUACCGGUUCGAGUCAACUUUAACGGUGUUGAAUAACGGACUUGAAGAGCUCAAGUCUUGGAAAGCGUUCGUAGGAUUUCAGCACGAGGAGUUGUUGGUUUCAGCUUCGAACGUGGUGUUGUCUGAUGGGACUAGCUAUCCAGCGAGUGUGGGGAACGGUACCGUUUUUACUGGGUACCCGAUGACGGACUUGAAGACGGCGGUGGAGACGGCGGGUGAUUUGACGCAGAUGCAGGUGCAGGUUGAAAUGGUGGGGACGCAGUUUGGUGUUAAAUCGCCUGCUGUGCCUAUGCCCAAGAAUAUUAGUCUCGCUAAUGAUGGGUUUUUGUGCUCUCAAGCUACUAUGCAAGGUACAAGUCAGAUGCAAGUUUGUUGCACCAGAGAUGUGAAUGCUAAAUCAAACAUCACCGUUGAUGAUGAUUUCCUACCUCGCCAAAAUGGGGAUCUUACAAUCAUGUAUGAUGUGAUCAGGACAUAUGACUCAAAUUACUGGGCACAGGUUACAAUUGCAAACCACAACCCCCUUGGCCGUCUUGAUAAUUGGAAAUUGAGCUGGGACUGGAUGCAUGAUGAAUUUGUCUACACUAUGAAAGGGGCCUACCCAUAUGUUGCUGAUUCAUCAGACUGUCUUUAUGGCCCUCAAGGUACAUACUACAAGGAACUAGACUUUUCCACCGUAUUAAAUUGCGAAAGAAGGCCAACCAUAAUUGACCUCCCUCCAACGAAGGCCAAUGACACAACCCUCGGGCUGGUCCCUUUUUGUUGCCGAAAUGGUACUCUCUUGCCGCCAUCUAUGGACCCUAGCAAGUCAACUUCAGUUUUCCAAAUGCAGGUGUACAAAAUGCCGCCAGAUCUUAACCGAUCCGAGCUUGUCCCACCUCAGAACUGGAAGAUCAAUGGCAGUUUCAACCCUAAUUAUCAAUGUGGCCCUCCGGUGAGGGUGAGCCCUAGCCAAUCCCUUGAUGCAAGUGGUGUAUCUAAUAGAACCGCCUUUGCUAGCUGGCAGAUUGUGUGCAAUAUUACAAGGCCAAAGGGGGCAAGCCCAAAAUGCUGCGUAUCAUUUUCUGCAUACUACAAUGAUUCUGUUGUCCCGUGCAAGACUUGUGCAUGCGGAUGCCCCAGUAAUGUAGGGCGAACUUGUAGUACUACGGCUUCAGCUAUUCUUCUUCCACCUGAGGCACUUUUGGUUCCUUUUGAGAAUCGAACUUCUCUGAUGAGAGCUUGGGCUGAUCUUAAGCACCUGACGGUGCCAAAUCCCAUGCCCUGUGGAGAUAAUUGUGGGGUCAGUAUCAAUUGGCAUUUAUAUACAGACUACACUGGUGGAUGGACAGCAAGAAUGACCCUCUUCAACUGGGAUGAGACUGCUUUUCCUGAUUGGUUUGCCGCAGUGCAACUGGACAAAGGAGCACCUGGUUUUGAAGCAGCAUACUCAUUCAAUGGAACUGUCUUGGGUAGUGGCAACAGUACCGUAUUAUUGCAAGGUCUUACAGGAUUGAACUAUCUUGUGCCAGAAACAGAUGGAGCAAAUCCAGAGAAGGAUCCUAGGGUGCCUGGGAAGCAACAGUCAGUGAUCUCAUUUAAAAAGAAAAAUACCCCUGGAAUCAAUGUGCCUGCUGGAGAUGGGUUUCCAACAAAAGUUUUCUUUAAUGGGGAGGAAUGUUCUCUUCCCUCAAUUCUUCCAGCAAGCGACAGUAACAGGAAGGGCCCAUUUUUUAUCCUUUCUGUCCUUCUAGCAGUAGUGGUAUUCUUGUUGAUGCAGCAGCAAUAGCUGUCGGUGAGACAAUAUUUGGUGUUAUAGCUGCGGCUGAUUUUUUUUAUUCUUUCACUACUUCGAUUAAUACAUGCUCAGCCGGGAGAUUUUGCGUUGCCAAAUGACAUGUAUGCCUUGAUUUUCAUAUCCGGGAUAUAUCUUUCAUCAUUAUGACUGAUAGGCACGCUGUAGAUCUGCACAUAUUGAAUGUGCAGGUGAAUACAACUACACUGAUAACAAUACAUAUGAAACGAUUGUAGAA